AUGCGGGCUCCGGGGCCGUGCGCGGAGUGCGGGGCUCGGGGCGCGGCCCGGUACCGCUGUCCGCGCUGCGGAACCGCUUACUGCUCCGUGCCGUGCUGCCGGACCCACCGCGAGCGCUGCGCUGCCGAGCCCCGGCAGGAGCGGCCCCGGCAGCGGGAGGCGGCCGGGCAGGGCCCCAUCCCGGACCCCACACACGGCCCCUGGGCCCUGGAGGACAUCCUGGGCGAGGAGGACGAGCAGGACCGCGUCCCGCUGGAGAAACUCAAACUCCUGGGGGAAUCAGAGGAGCUGAGGGAUUUGCUGCUGAACCCCCACCUGCGGCAGCUGCUGCUCACCAUCGACCAGGCUCAGGACAAAAGCUCCCUCAUGAGGAGGUUCAUGCAGGAGCCGCUGUUCGUGGAGUUUGCAGAUUGCUGCCUGAGCAUUGUGGAGCCUCCUGAGAAGGAGAACGUUCUCCCCGAGUGAGCUGCUGUGGGAAUGAUUUUAUUUUUGACCUUGAGAUUUUUAUUUUUUGUGAGGUUUGCCAGCAGCCAGAGCUGCUCCACUGUGUGUCUUGGCUGCUUUGGCCGUGGAUGUCAGUGCUCUGAUUUCAGUUUAGAGCUGGCAAAGGGGCAGGGUUGUUUUGGGACACAUUUUUAGAUCCUGGGGGCUGAACUUGCUACUCUGCUUUCUGUUGGCACAGAAAUUCUGGCAGCCACGGGAAAUGUUGUUUCACAGUGACAAUAUUAAACACAUUUACAUUUAUUUUAA